GUCCAUGCAUGUACCUACCAAACAAGUUAAUAUUCAUCGUCUAUUGUUUACCAAUAGUGUUUUGGCAUUUAUCUUUACGCAUCUCACAGCCGCAAGUAUAAACACUAUAGGAUUCUGUUUCUAGGAAACACACGCCACAGGCAUGUAUUUUUACGUAUUGUAUUAUGAUUACUUUACUCGGUGAUUGCUUACAAAUGUCAAUAAAUAAAAGUAACAUAUAUUUAAUUUGUUAUCUUUCAAGUUGUCCAAGACGAUCUGGCCUUGUGAAUAAAUAAUUAUUCACUUAUACUACAUGUUAACAUUUACAGUCUAUACAUGCAUGCAGAGCAACAAAGAAGUGUGAUAAAAAUGUGUGGUCAGUUAAACAUCACAAAAGUUUGAUAUCAAACGAAGAAAAAAAAUAAACAUAUGGUAAAUCAAGUUUUUAUUUUAUAUUUGUUUAUAUAUAAAAUGCAUGGUAUUAUAUUGGAUGUGUCCUUGCGAACUGGGGUGAUUAAUUAAUUAAAUUAAUGACAAUGGUUAAUGUCUUAAUGAUACUGUUAAUUAAGAAUUACGAUUGCAUGCUUCUAGGAGCGUGCACGUCACGUACCGCGAGUUAGCUUCUAGAUAUUGUAAGAAAAACGAGACAGUAUAAAGACAAGACAGCAGAUUACUUUAUAAAUUUUAGUUACUUCCAAAUAUUUAUUGAUAAGACAUUCCUACGAGAUUGACAAACACAAGAUACAUGUAAAAUAAAAAAAAUGAAACUGCUUAUUUUUAAGAAUACUGUAAUUUAAAUUUAUUAUGUAUAAGCCAUAGUAGUAGAGUGUUGAGCGCAAUCUACGAGAAGGAUCCAGUCAAGACUUUGGGUUUGAAUAUUAAAAAAUAGCUACAACCAAAUCUUAAAUUAGAUACUUCGUAAAAGUUUUAGAUCAUAGUGUACAUUAGUUUUCAUUUGACUAGGCAAAAUCUUGUGAAAAUAAAAAAAAAACACUUUUACCUCCUUUUUCUCUCGGAAACUCUAAUUUAAAAUUAUUCGUACGGUGAAAGAUUUCUCUUAAACUAAAGUUUUCUUAAUUUUUUUUUUUUGUCACUUUCCACAAUUCUAAAGCGGAAGAAAAGAGCGAACAGUUGAGAAAACAAAUUAAAUCUCACUUCUAUUUUUGUGUGUCAACAUUCAACAAGUCGAUGUAGUAAAUAAAUAGAAUUUUAAAAUUAUUUACUUUAUUUUUUGGUUUUCACUCCGCUCUUCGUCUCCUUCCUCUCUUCUUUCUCCGAGACUGUCUCUCUCUAGAAAUCACUCUUUUUUUUUGCAUUGCUCUUUUCUUCAUCGCGAGAUCCCCAUCUCUCCCGAUGAUGCAUUGAUCGGAAUAUGUGAUCGUAUAAAUCUUCUCCGUCGUUUCUAUCUUGUUCAGCCAUUGAAGGUCAUCGCUCUUAGUUUUAUCUCCUCACUUAGAGAAUCCAUAGGGAAAGUGAGAUUUUUAGACGAUUAAGCUAUAUAUAUAUAUUUUUUUUUGUAAUCUUAUUUUAAGACACAAUGUUGAAGCCUAUUAAACAUGUGUCGGAACCUGACACUGUCGCCGAUAAGCUUCGCAGAUCACUGAAUAUGUCAAAUAGUAAACCAGACAAUGGUCAUGUCGAAUUCGGAUCGCCAAUUACUCCACUUCAGACACAACCGAGUGGACUCACCUCCGCGGCAACCACCACUUCCAACAGUAGCUUCAGUUCUAGCUCAUCCGGAUCGGUAUCGGGCCGUGCCGUACACACUCCGGUUUCAACAAAAACCGACUCCGGUCGGUCAAAUCCCUCCGCCGUACAAUCUUCUAGGGCCACCGCUCCCUCCGCCUCUCAAACUUCUAAGACAAGCAAUCCCUCCGCCGCUAAAUCUUCCAAGUCCACCACUUCCGGGUCUAGCAACCCCGCCGGCGCUAAAGCGGGGUCGAACCCGAGACCGGGACGUGUCUCUUCAGCGUCGGACUCAGCUUCUGGCUCAACAAAACGAUCAACAAAAAGCUCGACUCCGCCGCCGCAGCCGGUGAAAAUCCUCCCCGGCGGGAAUCUUUUCCCGUCCGGGAAGGUUCAUAUAACAGGGAUGACACAAGGAGUGCCAAAACGCAUGAUUCUCGGACCAGGCUCCAAGUCCUACGGAUACGGUAGCGUAAUGCGAGGAACAAACAGCUAUUCGUCAACGCCUGCAAAGCUAACAACGAGUUCUGGUUCUUCUUCCUCCGGUGCACUCGUAAUAUCCCGCUGCUCUAGCGGUGGUGGUGGCUCUGAGGUGGAUACGUCGUGGAAGAGAGUGAUGAACAGUCCCAAUCCAGAGGAGGUAAAGAGACUUGGAAACGAAAUGUUCAAGAAAGGUUGUUUCAGUGAGGCUUUGAAGUUUUACGACCGAGCGUUAGAGCUCUCGCCGAGUAAUGCCACUUACCGUAGCAACCGAGCAGCUGCUUUGUCUGGUUUAGGUCGGAUUGCUGAAGCUGUGAUUGAGUGUGAACAUGCUAUUAAACUGGAUCCGAAUUUUGCAAGGGCUCAUCAUCGUUUAGCCACAUUGCUUCUUAGAUUAGGUCAAGUUGAUAAUGCGGGGAAGCACUUCUUUUCUGUGGAGGAGCCAUCAGAUCCCAUGGUGGUGAAGGUGCUUGAAGAAGUUGAUAGACACUUGAACAAAUGCGCAGAAGCAAGAAGACGUGGUGAAUGGAAUAUUGUUUUGACAGAAGUAAGUGCAGCUAUGGAGUCUGGAGCUGAUAUGUCUCCUCAGCUAGCUAUGUGUAAAGUUGAAGCACUAAUGAAGCUCCUAAGGCUUGAUGAGGCUCAGACAAUACUAGCAUCUGCCCCCAAAAUAGAAAUAUUAUUACCAUCAUCUUUCACACGGAUUCGGUUUUUCGAUAUGAUCUCUGAAGCUUACACAUAUUUUGUAAAAUCUCAGAUGGAAUUGGCUCUAGGAAGGUUUGAAAAUGCGGUUACAUUUGUAGAGAAAGCUUCAGAAAUGGAACCACGAAACAGUGAAAUUGAAACAUUGAAUAGAAACGUUAAAAUGAUUGUUAGGACGCGAGAUCGUGGUAACGGUCUUUAUAACUCAGAAAGGUACACUGAAGCGAGCGCAGCUUAUGCAGAAGGCCUUAAGUUUGAUCCAUACAAUGCUACUUUGUUCAGUCAUAGAGCUGACUGUUUCUUUAAAGUUGGGAUGUGGGAGAGCUCAAUAGAAGAUUGUAGCCAUGCAUUGCUCAUUCUACCGAGUUGCACAAAGGCUCGUCGUCAAAGAGCUGCCUCAUACAGCAAGCUGGAGAGAUGGGCUGAAGCAGUUAGCGAUUAUGAAACGUUGAGAAAGGAACUAUCUUAUGAUAGAGAAAUAGCUGAAUCUUUGUUUCACGCUCAAGUUGCAUUGAAGAAAUCUCGUGGAGAAGUAGUUUUAAACAUGGAGUUUGGAGGUGAAGUUGAGGAGGUUUUUAGCCUUGAAGAGUUAAAAGCUGCAUUGACCCGUCCAGGAGUUUCUGUUGUACUUUUUAUGAAAGCCUUUGAUCAACAAUGCAAAGAGAUAUCUAUUUUUAUGAAUGCACUAUGUAUUCGUUACCCAUCUCUGCACUUCCUCAAGGUGGAGAUAGAGAAAUGUCCUGGAGUGGGUGAUGCAGAGAAAGUGAGAGUUGUGCCAACCUUCAAGAUUUACAAAGUUGGUAUUAGGAUGAAGGAGAUUGUGUGCCCAAGCAAGGAAGCACUGGAGAUUUCAGUGAGACACUAUGGCCUUUAGCAAACUCUCAAACAUAUUUACUUGGUUCAUAUAAAAAAAAAGGAAGAGGAAAAUUUUGUCAAUAAUCUCUCAGAGUUAGGUAGAGGAUUACUUCUGAUUCGGUUCAUUCAUUGCUCGGUUAUUAGAGAUUAAAUGUGUACAUAGACAAAAUUUUGCUUAGGUGAUUAAACCCUAUAAAAUAAACAGAGAAAGAGAGAGACAUUCAUUCAUGUUGUCAAAACAUUUUUGCCAUGAAUAAAAAUUCUUCCUGUAAAAUAUUGUUGAAUUACCGUUUUUCUUAUUUAUCUUCUCAGUGAAUAAAAGUAAAAGGUGUCUGACUUAGAUGACUAGAAUAAACUGACUGAACAUUGUCAUAUUAAAGAUGGUGAUGGUUAUUCAUAUGGUAA